CCGAGGCGUCUCUAUAAAGGACGAGACCUUAGAAGGGACGCGCAGAGGCGCUGCGAGCGGCAUAGGGAGGCAGUAAGAGACCACGUGUGGGUACCAUGCUCCCUGCUACAUUCAAGCUGUGCUGCGGAACCUCCUACCAGCACUGCCGCACGCUCACAGGCGUGAGCACGCGACGCCUCGUGCGCACCGCCAUCCAGCACGACGCGCUGGGCUCGCUGGCUCGGCACGCAUCCUCCGCCUUCGGCUCCCUGCGCGCGCCCGGCUGCGGUCUGCAGCGCUUCCUGCCGGCACUGGGGGAGAGCGCGAGCCGCGGAGGCGCUGACGCCGCGGUGUCCGACGCCGAGCUGCACUACCUCCGGCAGGGCCGCGAGGCGCUGCAGCGCGUGCUCUCCAUCCUGGAUGAGGGAGACAGCGGCCCGUGGCACAGCGAGGGUGGAGAGGGACAAGGAGACAGCGUGUCCAGCAAGGUGCUGCCGGACAUUGGCAAGGUCUUCAAACUCGAGGCCGAUGUCCCGGGCAGUGUGGACCAGCUGCACGCUCAGCUGUUCGAGCAGGUGGAGCGCAUGUGCGAGUGGAACCCCAACGUGCAGCAGGUAAAGGUGCUGCAGAGGAUCGGGCAGCGCACGCUGGUGACCCACGACGUGGCGGCCGACGCGGCCGGCAACCUGGUGAAGGCGCGCGACUUCGUGAAUCUCCGCCACUCGAUCCGCCGCGGCUCCACCUGCUACCUGGUGGGGGUGUCCACGCACAGCGACUCAGCGCCGCCACAGGACGCCUACAUCCGGGGCGAGACAGGGCCUUCACUCAUCAUGCUGAGACCCUCAGCCAAGGACCCCAGCAAGACACACAUCAUUUGGCUUCUCAACAUCGACCUGAAGGGCUGGCUGCCCAAGUCGCUCAUCAACCGCGCUCUCUCACGAAUGCAGCUCGACUUCGCCACCAGCCUGCGCGCUCGCAUGCUGCAGCCGUCGCACGUGAGCGUGGCCGCGAACGAGCGCGCGUCCUUCAUUCACUAAGCUCGGCGCCCAGCUCCUCCGACCUCCGCCUCACGUGCUCGUCAUCCGACCAGACCACCCGGCCCUUUGAUAUUUCAACUACAAGCGAGCCACUCCACCCAACGUCCAUCCCACCCACUCGUAAUCCACUGAACCAAGUUCCGCCCAUUGUCCAUCCUACCCAACAAUCACGUCACUGACACUGUCCUACCCCCAUCACCUGAACAUCACCCAUCCCAUCCAAAACCAUCCUCCAUCACCCCUAUUGCACCCAACACUAACCACAGCCAAAUAUUACACUUACAUCAUCACACAAUCAAUCACCCAAGUAUCACCCACCUCACCCCACCGAUUACGAACACCGCCCACCUAUUAACCACUGCACUUGCCAUUCACCGACUACUCGCCCAUCAUUCAUCCACCUAUCCACACUCAUCACCGAACCAACCUACUAUCACGCACCUACAACACAGCCAAUCCACCCGUCAGCAACCCCAGUGAUGGCCCACAUAUAAAUCGUCCAAAAUACCCCUGGCAUGUCAGUCCCUCUGAAGUGUAGAGAAUCUACAGAGUCUGAAGGAUCGUAACGAGUGGCGUGCCUGUUGAGUGUGCAGGUGGUGCAGUUGCACCGGGGACAACGAUCCAGAGGGGCCCAAGUCCUGGGUUACAAAGGGGAGGGGCAUUUCAUUUUUUUUGCAGCAGGGUCCAUGCCAGCCAUACCGCACACACUGUUUCAGACAUUCUCCACCCAACUGAAGUGAGAUUUCGGAGUGCUUAGAGUUCCAAAUGUGUUCCAGAAGUUCAUGAUAUCAAUAUGUGCGUUGUGUCUCUGAUGUGUACCGGCUCUUCAGGAUAUGAGGAAUCCAAAAAUGAUUCAAAUAUUUAAUGAAGCAAGUUUGUCUCAAUGGAGUUUGAUGAAUCUUCAGAGUGUUUGGGGAUGUAAAUGCGCUCAGCAGGUUGAUUUGGUGCCGGAUUAGUUGUGGUAUGCAAGGUUUAGAGGACUGUAGUGUAGCUGUGACAGUAGCAUGCAGCCGAUUGCACGUGCGUGCAACAUUAAGAACGGGAGCAUUAAUGUAGUGAAGGCUUUCAUUAAAACAAACAUGGGAACCAAAUUUUGAUUUAAAGCUUUCGUCACUGCAGGGAUUCAUAUUAUUGAUUCUUUCGGUAAAGUCAC